AUGAACUCGAUUAAAGUGGAAAUAAAUAAUCCAUCCACCAAGAUUGCUCUAAUUCCUUUAAAUAAAAACAUCAGAAAAAAGAAAUAAAAUUUAAAAGUCAAGGAAUAAUUUCAUAAUUCAAUUCCAAAGCCUAAAGAAUAUAUGACUUCGUUUAUUAUACCAAGAAAUAUUAAUCAGAACCAAUACUUUCGAACUAAACAAAAUAUACAAUUUGCUUUAACAACAUUUAAUGACAAUACUCUUGGGGAAUUAGGAAUUAAUAUAUUCAGUAUUGGGUAUUCUGUUUCUCAUAUUGAAAUUUAACAAUAGAAGAUGGAAUAUAAUUUUUAAGCUAGAGACUUUGAAUUAGCUGAUAUUUCUACUAUUUUUUAGAUGUUGAGAUUAUUAAACAUGGAAAAAGCACAUACCAAUUUAAGUAAAUACUUAUAAAGAUAUGAAUAAAUAUCAUAGAUCCCUUGUUCUACAUAAAUUGAAAUUGCUUAAGUCGAGUAACUUGCUUCAAAGUAUCCUUACGAAUGUUAUACCUUUCGUCAUGAAAGAAAUGAGUCUGUUAUUUUAAAAUACACUCAUAAUAUAAAGUUUCUUCAUUUAAUGGGUAUUACCAUUGACAUGUUAGAAGAAUAUUUGAAAGAAACCAAAACACUUCCAUGUGCUAUUAGAGUCAAUAAUUAUUUAGAGGUUUGGCAUCAAGUUUUUGAAGCAGUUUCUAACGAUUAAUAAAUAUUUGAAAUGGAAGUGUAAAAUUUUAAUGGAAAAAGAUUUUACAUUAAAAUAAAAUAGGCUCAAAUUUUUGUAGAAAAAGAUGGAAAACUGUAUGGACAUUUAUAUUGGAUAUACUUAACUGAUACCAAUCAAGAUUUAGCAAUCUAAAACUAUGAGGCUAUUUUAGAGAAACUUUAUCCAAAACCAAAGGAAUGCCUUUAUAAAUAAAUACAAUGAUAAAAACCAG